AUGGCGUCGACAAGCUGCCGGCCCGGUGCGGACAUGCAGUUUCUUGCCAUCGCGACCGGCCAGAUGUCACCUGAGGAGGCAUAUCCAACGGUUGAGAAUACUGAUAGAAUGUGGCGCGCCCGACUCGUGAAGAACGCACGCAGGCACGUAACCAUUGUCGCGAAACUGGGAAAUGAGAGCGCGACUUGCACUCUACCACAGGAUCUUGCUACAGGCGGUUCAGACGAGAUUGGGAAGCAGGUGGACGCUGCAGUAAACAGCCGCUGCGUGGUGACUAUGCACGAAUACGACUUCAUUGUCGUUGAGAUGAUGAUACAGCAUAUCCUCGACGUCGAAUACCAUCUAGACCAUACCCAGAAGCUCGACAACUACAAGUUGACACAUCUGAAGAAGGCCCAGCCUGGUAUCGAAGACGAUAGUAUUACGGUACGGGUUGACGAUACACCAACAGAGUUCCACCUCAAGGUAUACCUUUGCGCGAGAAAGAUGGACAUGCCGGUGCUCUGGCCCAUCGCUGCUACAAACUACCAUAACUCCCUCGUCGAGAGCCAGCCCACCGCCGAAGAGUUCGCCAACAUGCUGGAGAGAAACAAGUCGCACUUCGAGUCAGACUACACCAAAGGAGAACUCGUACACUUGAUCGCGGGUGACGUGUCUGCUGAUGGAGACGAUGGCGAGGUCAACGAUCACAUGGAGCAUGAGCUUCAAGGCUCACUCGUCAUAGAGACAGAGUGA